AUGAUAUUUUGUCUGAAAUAUAUUAUUUCUGCCUUAUUUAUUCUAAACUUUAUAUCGUGUGUUUUAUGUAUUAAAUGUUGGAACUGUAGAUCCAAUAAUGAUCCAAAAUGUGCUGAUCCAUUUGAUAAUAGCACUGUCCCCAUAACAGAUUGUGAUCAAGAGAGGGGUUUGCCGCAUUUACCGGGUGUACGACCAAGCAUGUGCCGCAAAAUAAGACAAAAAGUAAAUGGGGAAUGGCGUUAUUUCAGAGAUUGUGCUUAUCUAGGUGAACAAAGAUACGCCCUUGGGCAGCCUGUAGAGGUUUACUAUGCCGUUGGUCCUAAUACUUCUCUAAUAGAAGAAUUGAACGUGAGAGCAACUCGUUGGUGUUUCGGCAAUCACACAUGUCGAGGAGACGGCCCACCUCUGUGGGUGUGGAGCGGUGUGCCAUGUGGGUUUUUCCUCCUCCUCUCCAAGAAAAUUAAAUGCCAGGCGUCGAGUUUUCGUGGU